CGAACAACCCGGUUCGGGCUCAUUCAAUUUAGAAGAACAAUUUGAAAUAGUUUUAUAUUCACCAUGGUGUCUGUAUACUGCGUGGUAAAGGUCCUCUGCAUUUGCUUGAGUUUGGCAUCAUCAUCAACUCACAGCUCGAGCGAUGAGUCGGGUCGGGACUUCAUCGAUCACGUGCUCCGUAUCCCCAACCCUGACAAAGUGCUGAACUCAGUGCUCGGCCGGCUGCAGAGGAACCGGCAGCAGGAGCUGGAGCAACGCCAGCAGAUAUCUGAUGAAGACUGCGAAGAGCCACAGAUUCUCCCAGAGUACACCGAGUCUCUACAAGAGCCAAAAGAAAGAGGCCUAAGGCAAUUAAAUGUUCAGAAACACUACCCUAUAUGCCAUUUGGAGAGGAAGAUUAGGAAGCUGAACACUAACGAGUACGAGUACAGGCCUGCGUACUAUGAGGAGGUGCGGUGUAGCUCGGCCACCAACGAGGAUAUGAGUGUUACUAACGAGAUAUGUUCCAGCCUUGGUUUUUCUUGUGUUCAGUGGAACAAGACCAUACAUCUGACUAGGAGGCGUUAUUCUAGUGACUGCUGGGAGACCAGGACCAUGGUGAUACCAGCGGGCUGCGAGUGCAUGUGGCCAGUCCACAGGCUUGGGGACAUGACCCUGCACGUAUGAGAUCACGCUACGCCAACAAAUCCCGACCCACGCAGUUUUUGUUAAUACAAUUAUCAGGGUUCGAAAAUAUCCGAUAUUUAUGAUAUAUAUCCGAUAUAUAUCGGAUAUAUAUCAUAAAUAUCCGAUAUUUAUGAUAUUUAUCAGAUACAUAUCUGAUAUAUAUCAUAAGGAUAUUUUCGAACCCUAGGUUCGAAAAUAUCCGAUAUAUAUCCGAUAUUUAUGAUAUAUAUCCGAUAUAUUCGAUAUA